CUCUCCUCCCUAUGUUGGCUUCUCCUCCAACAUCCCUUUCAGUGUCACUCGCGAUCUCUUGCGUGUUGGACGUGUUCUGUGUCGUGCUCUUAUCUGAUAAAAGCCGGUCGGUGGUCGACGGUUUCUACACGCCAUGAGUGAAGAAGACGAAGAAGAAGAGAGGACCGGAGGUGGACUGGGGGCUGGGUCGGGGGUGGUUCAGGCGGAGGCGGCACCCGUGACGUCACCAACCAACCUCAGGCGCCCAACUACCGCCUCCAAGCGUAAACGGACCGGCAAGCAUGACGCCAAACUUCACGAAGCCGUGUUGAAGGAUGACGCCGAAGCCUGUCGAAAGGUCCUCAGGGAAUACGUUGUCAACGUCGACUCUAGAAACAAUUUUGGCCGCACAUGCCUGCACUGGGCGGCGUCGUUCAACAAUGUGGACAUAAUGGAACAGCUGAUUUCGGCCCGCUGCGACCUUGAGGCGCAGGACAAGACAGGCAUGAGGCCGAUCAUGAUGGCCGCCUCGCACGGCCACCUCAAGGCCGUCAGACUGCUCAUCAACUUUGGCGCCAAUGUCCAUGCCAGGGAUAAGAAAGGCCAGACCCUGCUGCAGUGUGCCGUGAAGAGUGCGAAAAUUGUGAAAUUCCUGGUUGAGACACUGGAGAACGUGGACAUAGAGGCGGCUGACGGCGUGGGCCAGACUGCCUUGCACCACGCCGCCCUGGGCGGCCAUCUGGACAGCGUCACCCAGCUGGUGCGUUGUGGUGCCAAUGUCAAAGCUACUGACAAGCGAGGCCGAACAGCGCUGCACUGUGCGGGUGAGCAAGGUCACCUGGCGGUGGCUGAGUUCCUGAUUGGGGGCGGAGGAGCAGGUGGGGGCAGCGCUCAAGAGGCGGCUCUGGAGGCGGCAGACUUGGACGGCAACAGCGCACUGCAUCUGGCCAUUGAGAACCGCCACCUGCCCAUGGCCUCCCUCCUGCUGGGGGCAGGCACGUCCCCACAUCUCCACAACAAUAAACUUCAAACACCUCUCCAUAUAGCAAGUGGUAGAGGCUGCCGAAAUACGAUAGAACUUCUUCUGCAGCACGGUAGUGAUAUCAACAAACAAUGCAGUAACGGUAACACCCCAUUACACAUGGCUGUGGAGCUGAAUGAUACUGAAACAGUAGAAAUGCUAAUCAACAAAGGGGCCAAUGUCAACAUCAUGAACAAGAGGAGACAAGCGCCAAUACAUUUAGCAGCUGAAUGUGGCUUCACAGAUAUCUGCAAAUUAUUGCUCAAUGCUGGUGCCAAUAUAGCUGAAAAGGAGCAGGGUGGAAGGACACCUUUAUACAUAGCAGCAAGAGGUAGUUUUACAGCCAUAGUAGAUAUGAUUAUAAAAACGUCAAGAUUGGAUUAUCCAGAGCCGGAAGAUGAGAGCGCAGACAAGGAUACCGGAAGCGGGGGUGGCGCGGACGUGACACUGAGCCUCGUGCGGCAGCGGAGGCGGCGAGUAAAGCUGGGUGGGGGCGGUGGUGGUGGGGGCGGCGACAGGGAGGCGGCGAAGGAGGGAGGAAGUGGCCGGCUGGCGGCCAUAUUCAAGAAGGUGGCCUAUCACAAGCUGGACAGCGCUGACUGGAAGAAGCUGGCCCUACACUGGGCGUUCACCGACGACCAGAUCACGGCUAUCAAACAUCAGUAUACUGGUAAAGACAGUUACAAGGAGCAUUGCCAUAGGAUGCUGUGGAUUUGGUACGAAGGUCUUGAGCCCGAAGUCGAUCCGAUCAAGGAGCUCUGUGACAGUUUGGACGCCAUUGAAAAACGCAAGGUUUCUGAUUAUAUCAGGAGGAAAGUGAGAGAAGAAGAAGAGGAAGAAGAACAGGGCACAGGAGUUGGAUGCAACAAGACAAUUUCCAGGUGUAAAUGGAAACGUUGCUGGGCUCUUAAGCAUUGCCACAUCUUGUAGCAGAUCUGUGGCACCUCUUUAAGCAGCUGAUUUUCCAUCGAAUCCUGCCGAAAUCAGCUGUAAUCCUCGCUAAAUCAGCAGAUUUUUAUUCUCUCCUUGCUUAUUCCUCGGAUGUGACCUUGCAUGAAUCAUUCAAUUUUCGUAUUGAACCGUGUGUGAAUAGAAUUUGAUCCUCGCUUAAUCAUGUAAUGGGUUUUAUGUGAUCGUGGCUUAGGCUUAAAUGCUUGAUUUCAAAGAAAUCCUCACCUGAAAUUAACCAAUCUUUAUCGCAAUCUUGGCUGAGCGUGCAGUAUUUCAAUGUGAUUCUCUGUUAAAUCAGCUAGUUUUUAUGUGAUCCUUGCUGAAAUAGGUAUCUGGUUUUCAAUGUGAUCCUGGUCCGUCACUCAAUGAGGGAUAAAAAAACACUUUCCUCAUAUAAUAUAAAUACAUAAAUAUUUUAGAAGAAUUCCAGGCUUUUAUAGUAUCAGUUUGUAUGCUAUUCCAUUGGUGUUAACGUCUCUUUUACUGCCUCAUAGAAAAUGUUAAUGUCUCAUUCAAAAUAACUUUUUCGUUAUCAGUAUACUGUCUAUAAUGAAUAGGAAUGUGCAACCAGUCUUUCAGUAAUCUCAUUGUUCUCUCGUUAUUUGUUAUCAUAGCCUAUGGUAAUGUUUCUGACACUUUGAAUGUUUUCAGAUUUCCUAUAUCUACACCUUUUCCAACUGUAUUUGAGAAAUUAUCAAUUGUAAUUGAGAAUAGUCAUUUAUAUUUGAGAAAACUUCAGAUAUAAAUGGGAAUAGUCAAUUGUGUUUGAGAAGUCAUCACUUGUAAUUGAGAAUAGUGAAUUUUAUUUUGAGAAAGUAUCAUUUCAAUUAGAGAACAUACAAUUUGAAAUCGAGAUGUUGUCAGUUGUAAUUGGGAAAUGAUUUUAAAAAAACAGUACUUCCAGUACCUACUUAUAUUUUUCAUAACUGUACUCAUAUGAAAUAAUAUGAUAAUAUAUUUAAUAUUCCAAUAAAACGUUUAGUUUUUGAAUAAAACAUUGUUUUCAAGCCCCAACAUCCAUUGAAGAAUUGCCGAAUUGUUUGAUCAAGAGAUUCAAUUGAUUGAUGAUAAAGUUCAACUUUAACCAAGGAGAUUUCUCUAUAAACAUAGAGAAUUUGAUCUUCAUCAAGUGCAAUGUUUCACAAAAUGUUUGGAGACAAAAGUCGCGUUGCCAAUAGAAAUAAUUCUCAUUAAUCAUUCGUAAACAGUACAGGGGAAUACCUUCACCAUUGAAAAUAUUAAUUUUCCCCAUGCGAAGCCUAUGAUGGUAAUUGGAAUACUGUGUAUGUAAGUACAGUAUCCUUUCCUGCUCAAAUCAAACCUGCCCUGUAGGCUACAGAAGAGUCACGACAUGUCAAUUGGAAAUUUUUUUCAUUUUCAAUUGAUAUAUUCUCAUUCACAUUUGACAAUUUCUCAAAUACAAUUCACUAUUCUCAAUUACACGUGAUGACUUCCCAAAUACAAUUGACUAUUCUCAUCUACAUCUGACAUUAUCUCAAUUAAAAGUGAUGUUUCUCAAAUACAAUUGAUACUUUUUCAAAUUAACUUGAUACGGUACUUUCUCAAAUAGAAAUGGAAAAGGAGUAGCCUAUCAUAUAUAGGUUGAAACGUAGCCUGGUGAUUCUUUCGACCUCAAUGGAAGGCUAAUCUAUUCCAAAGUUAGCUGGUCCAAAUAGAUUCCUUUGGCUAAUUAUAAGGUUGUUAAAACCUAUUGUUAAAACCGGUUGACUGAUGAAAAGUUGAACAAACUGCAAUCAACUUAAAUUUCAAAGUACUGUAAAACAUGAAAUACUUUUUGAAAAUAUAGUCAAUGUUGAAAUACAUUAGCCUACGGUAAAUUGAGUUUAAAAUAAUCAAUAGAUUAUUCAAUUGAUGCUGAAAGUAAGAAUAGAAGAGAAGCCAACCAAUAGAAGAGAAAUAUUAUUCAUUUCAGAUAUCAAUACUCAGGUCUAAACCUCUACUCAGGUCUCAUUAACACUUCAUAUUACGAAAAAAAUUAGAAUCAAUAUUCAUAAAGGAUAAAGUACACCUAUAAUAUUUUAAUGAACCUUGACUGGCCCAGUAAACAUCCUUAUUAAAGGAUUGAACAAGAGUUCAAUGGAUUGUUUAAAAUUAAAAGUCCAAGCUGUUUAUGAGCUCAAUACAGUGAAGACCUAGUCAAAUCAGACUUCUAAAUAAUAAAAUAAUUUAGUAAUACAAAAUUACAAUAUUCUCAUCUUGAAAUACUUUAUGAAAUAGGUACUCAAAAUCAGUAAUCUAAAAUUGAAAUGUUUUCGAAAUUAAAAACUUGGAAAAAGUAAUUGAAUGUGAGUUUACCGUAAUAAAUAUAAAAAUGAUAUGCAUAAAAUGAAUUAAGAAUCAUGUUAAUAAAAUACUAUAAGCACGAUAACAUAGAACUAAUGCAAUUUGUAAAUCACAGAGAACACAGUAAUAUCAAACAAAUCAAAUUUAUUUAAUCCCAGCUCCUUCAUAUUAUCCAGUAAAAAUAAAUCACUAAAAAAUGUGGAAAAUAUAAUAUUAUUGAUGCUACCUUAUCAAGCAGCAUUUUUACUAGAGGGUUUCUAUAGAUUUUGAUCAACGAAGGAGAAAUUUGAUUUGCAGAUGGUUCAGUUAAUUAAUCUAGUCGAAUAAGUUGAGUGUAAAAUAAGUUUCUAAAGCUAAAUGUAAAGGAUAGAACCAGAGAUAAGCUUCAAUAUGAAGAGCUUGGAGUUAUAAAGAUCCGUCCAAACAAGGAUAUUGUUGUAGGAGAAAGCUUUAUAUACUAGUCUAAAAAACUAGUCAUGAAAAAUUUCUAUCUUUUUUUCAGUAUGGUUACAUAAAAAAACCGUAUUGAUAUAAUUUUUCAUAUCGUUAAAACGUUGAAAUAUCAAAACCUGAAGAAGAUUCCAGAUUCUUCCAACUUUACUGUAUUUUAUUAUUAAAAAGCUAUAAAAUACGAAUAGUUUUAUCUCUCAUGAAUUUAAAUUUGAUUUCGCAGCCUCAAGUUUUAAACCUGAUUAAAUGUAGUAUGAAAAAAGAGAAGUUUCAAUUGAUUUCCAAGAUAAUGAUAUGAAAAUAAUUGGAGAAAAUACCUCCAGUCAAUUAAGGUGCCUUGUUUCUUCUAUUUCCAAUCUCAUUCCCCAUCACGAUGGGAAUUUGUGUAAAAAAAUUUGAAAGUAGCCUUCUAUCACAAAAAUGUAAAAUAUUAACAACUAACUGAAAAAUUAACAAGACACAGUUCUUGUAUUGAUAAAUAGUACAGAUUGGUGCCUUGAUUCCAUUCCUCUCCAUUAUUUCACCUCAGCAUCCACAUAAGUAUUUUCACUAAAAGAUAGGAACAUAAUAUACAAAUCAUAAUAAAAAAGAGACAUAUAAUAGUAGAGAGUGAAUAGAAUACAUCAUUGAGCUGCUAAACAUCUUCAUCUUAAUUAAAUUAACUGAUUCUAAAUAACGAUAAUUAGCGGUAAUGACUAUCACUUGAAUUUAAAAAUGAAUUAUGAAAGAAUAUCAGUAGAAUAGCCAACUUUUCUUUGAAAAAGAAAUGAUUUCAAAAGAAGUCUGAAAUUUUGAUACUGUUUCCAUAUGGGAUCAUAAUACUCUGCAUUUAGAAUAUAUUGGUAAAGGAGGAGUGACUGUAAAAAAGAAUAGAAAAUUGUACGAAUACGAAAUCCGACUUUUGUAUAUUUCAAUCGUAUCUGAAAGAUCUUUCAAAGUGACAAUUGCAUUUCUUGAAGGCUUGAAAUCUCUGGAAAUAGGAGACAAGUUUUUGAGAAUGUUUGGCCUUUUCUGAAAAUUUGUGGACAAAUAAUAUUACAUGUUACAGCCUGCUACCUCAUAACGCAUAAUUCAUAUUAGAAAAACUUUUGAAUUCACAUGAUAUUCAAUUGAAUUAUAAUAAAUUCCUAUUAAACUAGGACCGUACCAUAAUAUAUAUGCACACGGUACUUCAACGUACAUGAAAUUCCUAAUUGCAAUAUUGGAAUGAGAUUAUAGUACGGAAUGCAUGAAUGGAAAGCUCUAAAAUUCACAUGAUUGAAUUUCUAUUAAUUCCUAUAACAUUUGAAAGGUAUUUCACCGUAGCCUACUUGUUAAUCCUACUUGCAAUAUUGCAAUGAAAUUAAUAGUACGGAAUGCAUUUAUUUUAAGUUAGGUACAGUAGCUUCGUAUAUUAUGGAACUGAAGCAUUCGGAAGCACUUGAAUUGUUAGUAAGUUAUUUCCUUAUUGAAAAAAUAUUAUUUCCAAUAUUGGAUGUAUUCUGUUUAUAGUGAACAUCUUCCAAUAUGCAUAAUAUGUAUCUCCAUACAGGUAUAGCUUAGUUACAUGUCAAUACUUGAUGGAAUUAAAGAUACCUAUUUUUGAGUAUAUGCUGUUGAAAAAAGGAAUGAAAUAAAGUUAAUAUUCUCUGCACUCCAACACACCAUUGAUGAAUUAAACAAUCAUUGAGGAAAUAAAAUACAGUAUUGAAUAGGAUAUAGUUGUAUAUCAUGCUUGAAUUAUGUGUCCUUAAAAUCUUCUAUUGCCAAUAUUCCUGUUGCAUAAUAUGAUUGCUAUAUAUAUAUUUGCUAUAUGGUUGUUAUCCAGCUAUAAUAUUUAAGAGAAUUUAUAAUAAUAUUGCACUUUAUUUUCAAACUUUCCAGAGAAUUAAUUGUUGUAUUCCUAGAAGAUUAUCCUUGUUAUUUCUUCUUUGAUUGUGCAACUAGAGACAUAUCGAUUAAUCCAAUUUAUUGUGAUUGUAUUUAUAAUUUCAAUUGUACAUAUUUGUAAUCGAGUUAUAAUAUGCUCAGAUUUUUAAAACUAAAUAAAUAUUUUAAUUGUC